AUGUCAGAGCAAGUAUUCGACGAGGCCUUUGAAUCUACAAGAGAAGGUCUUAAACACAACGAUAAUUACGACAAUAAUUAGAACUCUUCAAAUAAUGAGGAGGUGCCUUCAAGGUAUAGUGUGGUGUCUUAAAAUCAGGAGCUUAUGGACAACGUUCAAACAAAUACUGAUCUUACUGUCAUUCAUCCUGGAGAUGAUGACACUGUUAAUAUCAUUCUGACUAUUUAACAGAAAUCUUUUUUGCCUUAUAUUCUGCUUGUUGAAAAAGAACUUAUUGAUCCAAAGGAAUUCGUAAUAGACAAAUAAACCGGGUCUAGAGGUCUGCAUUAUGCAGCUCACUUUGGCAACAUAAAGGCUUUAAAAGCUUUAAUUGAGACUUAUCAACAAGAUCCAUUUAUGAAUGACCUCUAUGAUAUGAACAUUAGUCAUUAUGGAGCUAGAAUGGAUAACUUGAAUAUUCUUUUGUACUGUGACAGAUUAGAUAGGAAACUGUUCAACACCUUUGAUGUUUUUGGAAACAACGCUCUUCAUUACUCUUUCUUCGGGGGACAUGUCUAAUCCUUUAUCUACUUGUACUUUGGGGUUGGCAGUCAGUUUAACAAUCUAGAGGAGAAAUUUCCCUCAAUGUUGCAAACAUUGAUGUUAUCUAAUCAAGGUAGAGAGAUAAUAAUGAUCAUUAGCCACAUCCCUAAGUUCAGAUCAAUGCUGCUCAAGUAUGGUAUGAAUAUAGCAAUUAGAACACAGAAUUUCUAGACAAUUAAAGUAUUAUUCAGACUUUUUGAGGGAAGUAUAACCGCCCAAGAUUAUCAGGAAAACUUACUGUCUUUAAUGGAAUGUAGAUAAGAAGCUAAGGAGUAUUUCCACAAGCGCAUUUCCAAGUAUAGUCUUGAAUUCCCUGAGAAAAAGUUAGUGGUCGAGCUAAAUAAUAUUUUCCGUAGCCAAGAGUUGAAGCAUAUGUGGGCAAGUGCAUCUCACAUUCUCGCACCAUUCGUUGUUUUACUAAUUAGCGUAUUAUAUAUUGCAGCUUUCAUAUUAAACGGCAAUAUCCAGAUUAAGGUGCAUUUAAUAGCUAAUACACCCGUUACAUAUUUAGUAGCUUUUGUUCUAUGGACUCUGUCAAUGAUAAGCAUGAUUAAGUUCAUGAAUACUUAGCCCGGCUUCGUAGAAAAGAAGGAUAUUUAGGAUUCUAAUAACAUUGUUGAGAAGUUAGCAUAGAUUUAUUAGAAAAACGGGAAGCAAACUCAGAGUGUGCUCAAUCAAUGCUGCUUUUUGUGCUUAGAACAUAAAGGGACUCAUUAAGACCAUUGCUUUAAAUGCCGUAAAUGUGUGAGAUAUGCCCAGAAGCAUUCUGUAUUUUUCAACUAGUGUGUUGGAGAAGAGAACAUGCUUUCAUAUACUCUGUUCAUUCUCCUAAACUUUAUUGUCCUAGGAAUCAUUAUAUUCAAUCAUUUGUGUGAUACCAAAGAAAGAUAAACACUCUAGUCCUCUCACUGGAUUCUGCAAUUCUUUGAAAUUCAUGUGAGACCAGUUAUCAACCUCAGACCAUUCUUCUUUAUUCCUUUAUUUGUCGCUGAGAUCAUGAUACUUUACGUUGGUGAUAAGUUGUUAGAACUAUUCUGCGCUAUCUAGAGAGGCAUUACAGUUAGACAGCUUAGAAAGAUCUAUGCAUAUGACUACAAUCUUGUCUUCCUCAAGAUUGUUAUGGGCAAGAAACAAGAAAGCGGUCAGUACUUCAUCAAUCCAGUUGGCUUUUUUAGUUUGGUUACAAACACCCUCAAGUUCUUCUUUGGAAUGGUGAAAUAACAUAAAGAAUAGAAAGAGUGGUUGAAAGAUAUCAGAAGCAGCAAACAGGUGAAUAUGAGUGAAAUCGAAUUGUAGGAGUUAGAUACCACAGGCAGUAAUUACAAUAUGAAAUAAUUUGCCAAAAUGAAUGAUGAUUGA